CAAGAGAAAGCCCUUUCUGGCUCACCUUAUCCUAUCCAUCUCUCUCUCUCAAUAUCCUCUUAUUAGACACACACUACACACUACUCCCUCCCUCUGUCCACCCCCCAACUCUCUUUUCUUUUUCCUUUCUCACUUGCACUUUUACAGCUAAAAUCCAAUCUCAGUUCCAUCUCAAAUUAGCCUUCUUGGAUUCUCUUUUCUUAUUAAAAAAGAAAAAAAAAAUUCUCUAUUUUCAAUGGGUUUUUUCCAGUGUUGAUUGAAUGUGCCUACUCGCAUUGUUUUGUUAUUGUUUGAGCAUAUGCUGUUUCAGGGUUUGAUUUGAAUUCCUGAGCUGGGUAUUAGCUAGAAAUGGUCAAAGUUCCUUAAUUUAUGUUAAUUUUCUUUUCUUUUUGUCUUAAGAGUGUUGGACGGAGAGGUUCCUUUGCAGCUCUCUGUUAUGCAGAGGAAAUUAAUUAGUCGAUAAAUUCAAUUGGGUCUCAUAGAUAUCAUCUUCAACAGUGUAAGGCAUCUGUUGCUGUAUAUAUAUAUAUAGCCAAUCCUAGCUCUUUGUGGUGGUCCAAUGGCUCCUAAACCAGGCAAGGCUAAACCACAUAAAGCCAAGGGAGAUAAGAAGAAGAAGGAAGAGAAAGUUUUACCCACUGUAAUCGAAAUUACAGUUGAAACACCGGACGAGUCUCAAGUUACUCUCAAGGGCAUAUCCACAGACAGGAUCCUAGAUGUUAAAAAACUUCUAGCCGUACAUGUUGAGACAUGCCAUUCGACCAACUUCUCCUUAUCUCACGAGGUUCGGGGACCCAGGCUCAAAGAUUCUGUUGACAUCGUGUCUCUUAAACCCUGCCACCUCAGCGUUGUUCAAGAGGACUACACAGAAGAGCAAGCCGUCGCCCACGUCCGUCGCCUCCUCGAUAUCGUCGCCUGCACCACCUCCUUCGGCCCCACCUCCUCUUCCCCCAAAACGCCCGGUCCUUCCAAUUCUAAAGAAACCGGUUCAAUUAAGGAAUCAGCUUCCGGUUACCCCGAGAGCCAAGCCACGCAGGAUUCCGGUCCAGAGAGCGGAAGUGGACCAGAUGCAGAGGCCAAUAAGAAACCGGCCGGAGCAGGGGGGCAAAUUAGCCCGAAGGACAGGGCCUCCGCAGUGUCAUUGUGUCCGCCGCUGCGUCUCGGUCAGUUCUAUGAAUUCUUCUCGUUCUCGAAUCUCACGCCGCCUGUGCAAUAUAUUCGAAAAUCAACUCGACCAUUCUUGGAGGAUAAAUUGGAAGAAGAUUUCUUUCAGAUUGAUAUUCGAGUUUGCAGUGGGAAGCCAACCACUAUCGUAGCUUCACGAAAAGGGUUCUAUCCUGCUGGGAAACGGGCUCUUUUGUGCCACUCCCUGGUUAGUCUGCUGCAGCAAACAAGCAGGGUGUUUGAUGCAGCAUACAAGACUCUUAUGAAAGCUUUCACUGAGCACAAUAAAUUCGGAAAUCUGCCUUAUGGCUUUCGUGCCAAUACGUGGGUUGUCCCUCCAUUUGUUGCUGAGAACCCAUCUGUUUUCCCUUCACUGCCCGUGGAAGAUGAAAAUUGGGGAGGAAAUGGGGGUGGACAAGGGAGAGGCGGUAAACAUGAUUACAGGCCUUGGGCUAAAGAAUUUGCGAUUCUGGCUGCUAUGCCUUGUAAAACUGCAGAGGAAAGGCAAAUCCGGGAUCGCAAAGCAUUCUUGCUACACAAUUUAUUUGUCGACGUUUCUGUUUUCAAAGCAGUUGCAGCAAUCAAGAAUAUCAUUGAAAAUAAGCUAUCCUGCCUAAAUGAUUCCACUGCUCCAGUUUUACUCGAGGAAAAGGUUGGAGAUUUGAAUAUUAAGGUUAUGAGAGAUAUGCCUGAUGCAAGUAGAAAAUUGGACUGUAAAAGUGAUGGAAGCCAGGUUCUAGAAAUGUCAAAGGAAGAGCUUGCCCAGAGAAAUUUGCUAAAAGGCAUAACUGCUGAUGAAAGUGCUGCAGUUCAUGAUACUUGUACUUUAGGUGUUGUGAUUGUUAGACAUUGUGGAUACACCGCUGUUGUAAAAGUUUCAGGUGAAGUGAAUUUUGAUGGAAAUCCUAUUCCACAAGACAUUGACAUUGAAGACCAGCGUGAAGGAGGUGCCAAUGCUUUGAAUGUCAACAGCUUGAGAAUGCUAUUGCACAAGUAUUCUACACCACAAUUUUCCAGUACAGGACAGCGCCUGCAGAGUGCAGAAAUGGAAAAUUUGUGUUCCGCUAGGUCUUUGGUGAGGAAAAUCCUGGAGGAUAGUUUACUGAAGUUGCAGACAGAUCCCACUACGUACAAAAACUCGUCCAUCAGAUGGGAGCUAGGAGCAUGUUGGGUGCAACAUUUGCAAAAUCAGGCAUCAGGAAAAACUGAGGCAAGAAAAAGUGAAGAGACUAAGCUUGAGCCUGCAGUGAAGGGCCUUGGAAAGCAAGGUGCACUGCUAAAGGAUAUUUGUAGGAAAGCAGAUGUCAGAAACAGCAAAAAUGAAUUAGGUAAGGAAGUUCCAGCGGGGAACACUGAUGCGAACCACAAGUCAUAUACUGUCAAUCAUAAGGAAUUGGAAAAACAAGAGGGGGAAAUGGAAAUGCUGUGGAAAAAAAUGGUUCCUGAAGCAGCAUAUUUACGGCUUAAAGAAUCAGAAACUGGUCUUCACCUCAAGUCACCUGAGGAUCUAAUCGAAAUGGCACAUCAAUACUAUGCUGACACUGCUCUUCCAAAACUGGUGGCAGAUUUUGGAUCUCUUGAGCUUUCUCCAGUUGAUGGCAGGACUUUAACAGAUUUUAUGCAUACUAGGGGCUUGCAAAUGCGUUCCUUGGGGCGUGUGGUUGAACUUGCAGACAAGCUUCCUCAUGUGCAAUCGCUCUGUAUACAUGAGAUGAUCAUUCGAGCCUACAAACACAUAUUGCAAGCUGUUGUAUCUGCAGUUGAGAAUGCCGGGGACCUCGCUUCAUCAAUAGCAUCAUGUUUAAAUAUAUUGUUGGGAACCACACCAGUUGAGAAUGCUGAAGCAGAUGUUGAUAAACUAAAAUGGAAGUGGGUGGAAACCUUCCUCUUGAAGAGGUUUGGGUGGUGUUGGAAAAAUGAAAGCUACGAGGACCUGAGAAAGUAUGCUAUCCUUCGUGGUCUGUCCCACAAGGUUGGACUUGAGCUUGUUCCAAGGGACUAUGAUAUGGACCAUUCAAAUCCUUUUAGGAGGUCAGAUAUCAUAAGCAUGGUCCCUGUAUAUAAGCAUGUUGCAUGUUCCUCUGCUGAUGGGCGCACACUAUUGGAGUCAUCAAAAACUUCCUUGGAUAAAGGUAAAUUGGAGGAUGCAGUAAACUAUGGCACUAAGGCACUCUCAAAACUUGUGUCGGUUUGUGGUCCUUAUCAUCGAAUGACAGCUGGAGCAUAUAGUCUUUUGGCUGUUGUUUUGUAUCAUACUGGAGACUUUAAUCAGGCGACCAUUUAUCAGCAGAAGGCUUUGGAUAUUAAUGAGAGGGAGCUUGGACUUGACCAUCCUGAUACCAUGAAAAGUUAUGGGGAUCUUGCUGUCUUCUACUAUCGUCUUCAACAUACAGAGUUAGCCUUGAAGUAUGUCAACCGUGCACUGUAUCUUUUGCAUUUAACAUGUGGGCCUUCUCAUCCAAAUACGGCUGCUACCUAUAUCAACGUAGCGAUGAUGGAAGAAGGUUUGGGAAAUGUCCAUGUUGCUCUUAGAUACCUCCAUGAGGCUCUAAAGUGUAACCAAAGGUUACUUGGUGCUGAUCACAUACAGACUGCUGCCAGCUACCAUGCUAUAGCGAUUGCUCUCUCAUUGAUGGAAGCAUACUCCUUAAGUGUUCAGCAUGAGCAAACUACCCUUCAGAUACUGCGGGCCAAACUUGGGUCUGAGGAUCUACGUACACAAGAUGCGACUGCAUGGCUUGAGUACUUUGAAGCCAAGGCUCUUGAGCAGCAAGAAGCUGCACGCAAUGGUACUCCAAAGCCUGAUGCCUCAAUCUCCAGUAAAGGUCAUUUAAGUGUUUCAGACCUGUUGGAUUAUAUAACCCCUGAUGCAGAUGUGAAAGCAAGGGAAGCCCAAAAGAAAGCCCGUGCAAAGCAGGUUAAAGACAAAACCGGACUUAACUUGGAUACAAUCUCAAAUGAAUAUCAGAAGGAUGAAACAUUGUCACCAACUUAUCCCACAGUGCAGAAUUCAAGUGAUAAAGAAAAUAAAUCUGAAAUUCGAUUAUCUGAACCCAUCGACAAAAAUCCUGAACCAAGUUAUGCAGAUCAGUCAACAUUGAAUGCUGAUAUGGUGCAAGAUGACAAUUCAGAUGAGGGAUGGCAAGAGGCUGUUCCCAGAGGUCGCACACAAACUGGUCGCAAGACUUCUAGUUCAAGAAAGUCAAGUCUACCUAAACUGAAUACUAAUUUCAUGAACAUAUCCCAGCCAUCAAGAUACCAUGGGAAACCCAAUAAUUUCACUUCUCCAAAUGCUGCUUCGAAUGAAAAUGCUGUCCCUAUCCAUUCUGUUACCAAAAAGUUUGUUAAAAGUGCAAGCUCCAGUCCGAAGCCAAAUAACCGUAGUAUCUCAUCUGGUGGAGCAGAGAAAUUGGCUAACCCAAAGUCUGCACCAGCUAGCCCAGCUUCAGCUGAUCAAGUUGUCAAGUCUGAUUCAAUUUCAACAGCAAGUUCAAUCAAUGUACAGGCAGCUGGAAAGCUUUUCUCCUACAAAGAAGUUGCUUUGGCUCCACCAGGAACAAUUGUGAAGGCAGUGGCUGAACAGUUGCCAAAGGGAAAUAUUCCCACGGAUCCAAACCCUUUGGUGAGGCACGAGACAGCUGCCUCUGAGAUGGUUUUGGGCAAGCUGGCAACACCAAAGGAUUCAGAGGAAGAAGUUCAAAAGCCAAUAGAAGAAAACCAGCCCCUUCUUUCUGGGGAGGAGAAAAAGGGCCCUAUUGAUGAAGAGAAAAAAACAAACUUGGGGGAUCCAGUGGCAAGAGAGCUCAUGGAUGAGAUAAAGAAUGCCACUGUUAAUAACAUUGAAACUGAAAGUGGAACAAUGGAAGUAAAUUAUGCUGAUGCCGAAGUUACUGAAACAGAAACUCCUAGUGUCGUAGUCUCAGAAGUUGAGAAUUUAGAUAACAUGAUGGAUUCGAGCACUAUUGGCCCUGGCAGUGAAGGCUUGGAAGCAAGAAAAGCUUCCCCUGAUCUAGAACCUCUAUCUGUACAAACUGAAAAUGCAACCUUAUUGCCAGUUAAAGAUGCUUCUAGUCUAAAUGGAAAGAAGGUGGAUGAAAGUUUAUAUGAUCUAGCCACUGGCUGUAUGGGUACUAAAGCAUCGCCUACUGAACGAGAAAAACACGAUGAAACAGAAGCUGCAAAGGAGACAACCAAGAAGCUCUCUGCAGAAGCACCACCUUUCAAUCCAUCUAUGAUUCCUGUUUUUGGCUCGGUUAAUGUUCUAGGAUUCAAAGAUUAUGGAGGAAUUCUGCCCCCGCCAGUGAACAUUCCUCCUAUCAUUGCAGUUAAUCCUGUCCGUAGAUCCCCUAAUCAAUCUGCAACUGCUAGAGUUCCAUACGGUCCCAGGCUGUCUGGUGGAUAUAACAGAUCUGGGAAUCGGGGUCCACGUAACAAAGUGGGCUUCCGUAAUGGUGAACAUACUGGAGAUGGAAAUCCCUUGAGCCCUCCAAGAAUAAUGAACCCUCAUGCGGCUGAAUUUGUACCUGGCCAACCUUGGGUUCCCAAUGGCUAUCCAGUUUCUCCCGAUGGCUUUAUGACUAGCCCAAAUGAUGUUCCGGUGUCUCCAAAUGGUUAUCCCAUAUCCUUAAAUGGAAGUCCAGUAUCAAUAAAUGGAUAUCCAACAUCACUGAAUGGUAUUCCAAUUACCCAAAACGGGUUCCCUGUAAACCCAAUCAAUUCAGUAGAAUCACCUACGGUUGAUACUGUUGAAAUUUGUGGUGAAACCAAAAAUGUAGCUGCAGCAGAGGAGGGUGGUACCGAUGAUCCCUUGAUGCAAGUUGAAGUUCAAGAACACUCAAGUGAGGAAGAAGCGCAAGAAAAUCAUGAUGGAAAUGAUCAUCCCCAACUUGACCAAGUGCCACCUGUCAUGGGAGUGGCCAAUAGUAAUGUGGUAAAAGGACCCUGCAGUGACAUACCAGCUGAGGAAAAACCAAGCAAGUGUUGGGGAGAUAAUCAUGAUGGAAAUGCUCAUCCUGAACUUGACCAAGUGCCAACCGUCAUGGGAGUAGCCGAUAAUAAUGCAGUAAAAGAACCCAGCAGCGACAUACCAGUCGAGGAAAAACCAAGCAAGUGUUGGGGAGAUUAUAGUGAUAAUGAAGCUGAGAUCGUUGAGGUUACAAGUUGAAGGAAGAUUUUGAAUUUUUGUUAAGAUGCUAAGUCAUACUUUUGCAGGGUAGGCAGAAUCGCUCUGGAAGGCAAGAGAAAUGCUAAUGAACUUGGAGUCCUAGGAGGAGGAGAUGCCUAGAUGACCAGAAGAGUUCAUUGUAAGAAACGCCUUACAUUACUGACAGUAAAUACAGGCAUGUGAAUAGUUACUGAUGCGGUUUGUUUUGCCUCUUUGAGAUAGAGGAAUCGUUAAGAGGCUGGUAUGUGGAAAGAAACAUACCACAACCAUGAAAGGAUCGGUUGAGUGAUUCAUUGGCACUUUAAUAAUCUUUUUGUUAAUAUUUGUAAUAUAGUUUUGGUGGAUUGUCAGUUUAAAAAAUAGAACUUAGGAGAAUUUCUACUUUCAGAAUCUCUGAAUGGUGAUCACUACAUUAAAGGCCUUCAGCAAUAAAGCUUUCAUUUUCUUGGAUGUACAGAAAAA